UUAACUGUUGUUUAUAGCCUCGUUUUUCUCUCAGGAUUUAUUGGAAAUUUGUGCACGUGCGUUGUCAUAGCAAAAAAUAAUUACAUGCAGACGACAACAAAUUAUUAUCUGUUUAAUUUAGCUGUCUCUGAUUUAAUGCUGAUUAUAUUUGGUUUACCUCCAGAAUUAUAUUCAGUUUGGGAAUCGUACCCAUGGAGAUUUGGAGAGGUUUUCUGUAUCAUCCGACACACUGUUAUGGAAAUGACAUCGUAUGCCUCAGUGUUGACUAUUACCGCAUUCACAGUAGAACGUUACGUCGCUAUUUGCCGACCGUUACUGGCACAUAAAAUAGCCAGUUUGUCUCGAGCUGUGAAAAUUAUAAUCGUGGUGUGGUUAGUGGCUGUUUUAGCUGCUUUACCAUAUGGUCUUCAUACUCGUCAGUUUUAUGCUAUUAUCAAUCCCGAUACCAAUAAACCCAUUCCAGAUUCCUUAGUUUGUAAUAUUCCAGAAGAAUGGCGAGAUGUACCGAUGAAGUACAUUUUUCAGGUUUCCACGUUUGUGUUUUUUCUAACUCCAGUGACAAUUAUUAUUUGUUUGUAUAUACUUAUCGCCCUGGCACUUAGAAAAUCUUUCUUAUCUCGAGGCCUUUCUGAAGAAUCCCAUUAUGGCAGCCAAAAUAAACAUAAAAACAAAAACCAAUCAAGUAAUGUUCCUAAACAGCCGAGAAGAGUUGUAAUGAGAAUUUUAGUUGCUGUCGCGGUAGCAUUUAUCAUUUGCUGGGCACCAUUCCAUGCUCAGAGGUUGAUGGUGUUAUAUGUUCCUAAGUGGACAGUCGAGCUGAUGGAUCUCGUCCUCGUCAUUAUACUAUACUUAAAUUAUUUUCUGUGUAUUUCAGGUGUGCUGUAUUUCAUCAGUUCUACAGUUAAUCCAAUAUUGUAUAAUGUGAUCUCGAAACGCUAUAGAUUGGCCUUUAAAGAGACC